CCGGAGUCUGUCAGCAGCUGGUUUUUUCCCAGCCCCUCUGCCACCAGAGGAGGAGAGAGAAGAGGAGGGAGAAGGAAGCCCUUCCCUUUGGCCAGCCCCGAACCAAAACAGAGGAGCCGUUUUCCUUUGUGCCACAGUCAAGCUGUUUUGUUUUUUAUUCUGUUUCCUCUUUUUUUUUGGUUUCUUCCUUUUAGCUGGGAGGAGAAAAGGGACUAGGCAAAUACAACCAUCUUUAACAUCAGUGCUGAGGCUGCUUUUGCCUGCUGCUAGUUCUGCUGACUGCCUUGCUUGUCUGUCUGGAGAGAGAUUAAUAUCAGAUGCGCACCGCACACACACUGGGGAGAGGGGCAGAGAGAGAGAAAGGAAGGAUGCUGAAGUUUUUUCCCCUCAUUUUCUGCACUUCUUUUUUUAACCCUUAUCUGUUUUCCUUGUGGGAAAGACGGCGCGAGGUAGAGAGGGAUUGACCAUGCUGGCCGAGACGGAGUAGAAGUAGAAGAAGUGCGAGCUCAUAGGCAAGCAGGAGGCAAUCAAAGCAAAGCGAGCGAGAGCACAGGAAAUGAUCGCCCCGGAACGAGUGCAGCAGAUGGACGAGCUUCUACGCCAAGACUGAUGCAGGCAGGACCGAGCCGCUGCUGAUGUGUGCCGAUGAUUAGGGGAGAGGGGAAAAGAGCACAUUAUCCCAGAUUAAUCUUUUUUCAUUUCCAGCGGUAGUGGCAGAGAGGAGGAGAAGGAGGAGGAGGAGAGGGAGGGGGGCUGGGGAGAUGGCGUGCGGACUGUGUCGACAGACGGCUCCAACAUCACUUUGACUGCUUGCUACGAAUGGAGAUAACGAAGACACUCAUCUGAGGGUGGAGCGCGCACGAGAGAGAGAGAGAGAGCGAAAAGCGAGCAAGCGAGAGAGAGAGAGCGAGAGAAACGAGCGAGGCAGUAAGGCGGAGGGAGCCAGCGAGACGACUGUCCCUCAGAGGAAGACGCUGUUGCGUGUCCCCCCCGCAGCAUGCACGCCUGCCACUCUCCACAGCAUCAGCCGCAGCAGCACUUCCUGGCAGUUCUCAUGACCAGCGUGUCACUUCCCUCCUAGCUCCACCGGUGGCGGGGGCGGAGAGGAGCGGGAGUGAAAGCGCGGGGGACCGAGGGAGCCCUGAGACCGACCCAUCUGCCAGCAGAAAUCACCCUCGGGCUGUUUUUUUCGUCGCGAUCGCGCAUGUUUGACGCGAUUGGAUGUGACCGCCACGUUUUGCCACAGCGGUCCCUCCGUGCACCAUGCAGUGGCGUCGGCGGCAGCACUGCUGCCUGGCCAAGAUGACCUGGAGCUGCAAGCGCUCGCUCUUCCGCACCCACGUGGUGGGGCUGCUGUCGCUGGCCUCGCUCUCGGCCACCGUGCUCUUCCUCAGCCAACAGGACUGGCUGCCGGGCCACGCGGGCCUCCGCGAGAACCCCGUCGCCUACACCGUGCAGCAGCAGCAGCAGCAGCAGCAGCACGCUAGCGGCUUCACGCGGCCGCGCAGCGACGGCAACCAGAGCGCGGCGCGCGGCGUCUGGAGAGCGGAGGCGGGUGGGGCCGCGCCCCCCAAGCCCCCCGCCAACCUGAGCAGCCACCCGGCCGCCGAGCCCCUGCCGCUGGCCGCCGAGCUGAGCCUGGAGGACUCGCUGAGCACCAACAGCAGCAGCCUGGGGGGCGAGAUGGGCGUGGGCGGCCGGCUAGCCGCGCAGCCGUACCGCUACGUGCUCAACGAGCCGCACAAGUGCCGCGACGGCGCCGCGCCCUUCCUGGUGCUGCUGAUCGCCGCCGAGCCGGCCCAGGCCGACGCCCGCCACGCCAUCCGCCGCACGUGGGGCAACGAGAGCGCGGCGGAGGCGGCCGGCCUGGGCUUCGUGCGCCUCUUCCUGCUCGGCGCCACCGGCCCGGCCGCGGCCCGCACGCAGAGCGCCAUCGAGGACGAGAGCCGGCAGUUCCACGACAUCAUCCAGCAGGAGUACCUGGACACCUACUACAACCUGACCAUCAAGACGCUCAUGGGCAUGAACUGGGUGGCCACGCACUGCCCGCACGCCAGCUACGUGAUGAAGACCGACAGCGACAUGUUUGUCAACACCGAGUAUCUCAUCCAGAAGCUCCUCAAGCCCGACCUGCCGCCCAGGAGGAACUAUUUCACCGGCUACCUGAUGCGGGGCUACGCGCCCAACCGCAACAAGGACAGCAAGUGGUACAUGCCCUCCGAACUCUACUCCAGCGAGCGCUACCCCAUCUUCUGCUCGGGCACGGGCUACGUGUUCUCGGGGGACCUGGCGGAGAAGAUCUACCAGGCCUCGCUGAGCAUCCGCCGGCUGCACCUGGAGGACGUGUACGUGGGCAUCUGCCUGGCCAAGCUGCGCAUCGACCCCACGCCGCCGCCCAACGAGUUCCUCUUCAACCACUGGCGCGUGUCCUACUCCAGCUGCAAGUACAGCCACCUCAUCACCUCGCACCAGUUCCUGCCCAACGAACUUCUCAAGUACUGGAACCACCUGCAGAGCAACAAGCACAACGCAUGCGUCAACAUGGCCAAGGAGAAGAACGCGCGCUACCGCCACCGGAGGCUGCACUCAGACAAGUUCUUAUGAUAACUGGCAGCAGGGUCAGGAUUGGCGGAUGUGACAAAGGUCAAAGGUCAAACACAGAAUAGGAAAAAGGUGACAUGUUUUUCUCCAAGCUCAGCACCCCACUGAAUAGGCAACAGCACAGUGUUUUUGGUAUUGUGUACAGUCGACUAAAACUAUUUUUUUAAUUUGAGACAGAUGUUAUGUAUUGUGAAUCUGUAACUCUUUUUAAAAGGGCAGUGUAAUACAUGUGCAAUAUUGAGCAUGCACAAAAACAAAAGGAAAAAAAUGUACAUAACUAUAUACAGUAAAUAUAUAUAAUAUAUCUACAAUGGUGGUUUUAAUCAUAUCAGGUGCCAACAAGGAUAUUUGUGGUGAGGCUGUCAAUAUUUUCCUGGAAAUUUUAAUUUGGUCUAUGCACAGUUAUACCACACUGGGUCCAAUUUGAUUGAGUAUACUUGUUUUGGCUUACUACAAUGGAAUAGUGAAAAAGAUAAUUGCAUGAAAUGGGGAUAUACCCUCUGCAACCACUUCUAGUGUGUGACAUUCCAAAAAGCAGGACCCAAGGUUGAUUUCUAAACUGCCCAGAACACACCAAAUGAUCGUCUACCUGAGAAACGACAUGGUCAAAUCGUUAUUAUACACAGUAUUUAAACACAGAGUGUAUUGUUCUAUACCAAUGCUGUCAGAUAUAUUAUAUUGAGAUUGUAUUUUUCAGAGCUUUACAUUUGCACUCGGGGAAGUGUGAAGUGAGAAUUAUUGAUUAAAUGUAUUUCCUCCA